GCAUUUUGUUCUAAGAGAGAAGUCUCACCGCAACAAUCGUCAUAUUUAAAAAAAAAAAAAUGUUUUACCCCCCUCCCCACACACAUAUACAAGCGAAAUUGGCCACAGAUUUAUCCAUGUCGGUUUAGACCGAGAGAAACUCAAACCGAACGAAUGUGUCCCCAAUAUACUUCCGUUCAAACAUUCAACCGACGGAAGAAGAAAGAAUCUGCCCAACCCAGAUUAUUGUUGACUGCUAGUUUAGCUGGACGGCUAACGUUAGCUGGCAAGUCAAGAACGGAGGUCUGUUGGAGGAGCAGCAAGAGAGAAGAAAGGGGGAGCUAGAGAGACACACAGACCAGGACAACCUAGCGUAGCAACAACAAAAAAAAAACAAAAAAAAAUCACAAGACUUGUGGACUUCUUCCUGAAAUGUCCUUGGUUUCAAUCCAUACAGAACAGUGCCCUACAGAAAGCCCCUCCUGUGUUUUGAAGCAGCCUACAGUGAAUCCCUCGUCUUUUUCCUCUUCCAGAACAAAGGAGAUGUGAGUACUGGUCUGGCGGCUGUGACGCUGAGCAACCUGUGUAUCGCCACACUGCCCCGCCCCCCCACCUUCAGCAUGAAUGGGGAUAUGCCUCAUGUUCCCAUCACCACUCUUGCUGGGAUUGCUAGCCUUACAGACUUGUUGAAUCAGCUACCCCUGCCCUCUCCUCUCCCAGCCACCACCACCAAAAGCCUGCUCUACAAUGGGAGGAUUGCAGAGGAGGUCAACUGCCUGCUGGCCUGCCGGGACGAGAACCUGGUCUCCCAGCUGGCCCACGGUCUUAACCAGGUUUCCACAGAGCACAUAGAGCUGAAGGACAACCUGGGCAGUGAUGAGCCAGAGGGCGACGUGCCGGCGCUGCUCCAGACGGUGCUGUCCAGGAACCCCGGCAUCUUCAGGGAGAAAAAUGUCAUGCAGCAGCCGAUGGUGCAACAGUACAAACCAAUACAGAAUUCCAUGCAUGGCAGCCCAGCCCAGUCAGCAAACUUUCAGCAGGCUUCAAUGUCUCCUAAUCCAUCUAGCCGGGGAUUUGUCUCCCCACAGUCGAGCUCAGGGAGUCGGUUCAUCCCCCAGCAGAACAGCCCUGUGCCCAGCCCAUACACUCCCCAGAGCCCAGCUGGGUUCAUGCAGUACCCUCACCCCCCCAGCUACAAUCAGCACCAACAGAUACAGCAAGCCAGCCCCAUGGUCCCUGGAGGCAUGAGGAACAUCCAUGAGAGCAAGGGACCGAUGACCAACGCUGCCCACCACCACCCAGACAGACAGGAGGACUACAUGAGUAUAGUUCACAGACUGGGGAACGAGGAGAGUGACCCCUCCAUGAGAAACGCCUCGUUCCCUCUGAGGUCGCCUCAGCCUGGGUGCUCACCCGUGGGAAACGAAGGAACACCCAAAGCUGGUUCAAGGCCUCCGCUCAUCCUUCAGUCUCCUCCGUAUAUGUCUCCCCGGGAAGGCCCCCCGGACCUGCUACUGGAGUCUCCCGACCAGAGGAAGAAACAGCAGAAGAAGAAGCUGGUGGGCAAAGAGGACAAGGAUGCGUACGACAUCGUCACCUCGCCCUCCAAGGACACCACCAAGCUGACGCUGUCGCUGUCACGGGUGAAGUCGGAGGAGGAGGUGGAGGACCCCUCUGGUGAGCUGCUGCCAGUCAUGAUGGAUCAGAACUCUGACCUAGAGGGCGAGCUUGGGUGCCAGCAGGUCCCUGUGCUGCAGAACGUGGGGGUUAUUAAAGGGCAGGAGGGCCCUCUCUCGUCGCCUUUUGAUGAGGCGGAGCUGGACGCCCUGGCGGAGAUUGAGAGGAUAGAGCGUGAGUCGGCCAGUGAGAGGGAGCGCUGCUCCAAAGAGGUGCAAGAUAAAGACAAGCCCCUGAAGAAGCGAAAGCAAGACUCGUUUCCACUGGAGCCUGGAGCAGGGGGCACAGCAGGCACCACCGGUGCGCCAGGCAGCGGAGGAGGGGGCAAUGCAGGCAAACUGAUCCCCCAGGAGGCUACAGCGGCAGGAAACGGAGCUAGCAGACCAGCCCUCAUGGUCAGCAUCGACCUGCAACAGGCGGGCCGGGCCGACGGCCAGCUUGACCCUUGCAUGGCUGCGCCCAUCCCGGCCCUGGAGGCACAACGCUGGCCCGAGGAGCCUGCCGAGGGCCCUGCAGCCGAAGGAUCCGACACGGCCGGGGUGCUCCGGCUCAAAGCCGACAAUCGACCCGAGGUCAUCAAGAACAGCAUGGACAAACACGACAACCACCGUGAGCCAUCCAGGCACCGGCAUGACGGAAAGCAAGACCGGCGCCCUGACACACCUAAGUCAUCGAGCAGAGAGCACGGGCGGGACCGGGAGAGGCGGCACAGGAAUGAAGACAGGCGCUCGCCAGAGGAGCGCUACCGGCCGGACAGCCCCAGGGUCAAACAGGAGGGCCGUGGAGGUGGCUUUGACCCCAGUGGGCGGCCUCGGAGCGACAGACCCGGCUUCAGGUCCCCCAGCGGAGGAGAGGCGGCCAGAAACCGCCCAGAUGGAGUCAAACAACUACAGCCUGAGAGAAAGUCAGGAGAGUUCCCUGCUUACCUGCUGGGGGGGCAAGGGUCUGGGGGUCUGAAGAACUUUGUGAUCCCCAAGAUGAAGCGGGACGGCGGAGCUGUGGACGUGGCAGAAGGCUGGGGUCAGCCCCGGGUCAAGCUGGAGCGGCUGGGGGUUCGGGGUCUAGUGGACCACAUAAGUAAGAGACCCAAGCCUGUCGUGGUGCUGCAGAAGCUCUCUUUUGAUGAGGUGCAGAGGAUCAUCAGGGUUAAGGACCGUCACGGCUCCAAGUCUGGCAAGAACAGGUUCCUCUCAGGAAAGUCAGGCAGAGGUGGACUAGACCAGUCUGUGCUGGAAGAGCUUCCUCCUGAACUGUUGGCGGAGAUGGAGUCCACCAUGCCACUGUGCGAGAGGGUGAAGAUGAACAAGCGUAAGCGGAGUACGGUCAAAGAGAAGCCCAAGUACACAGAGGUCGACUCGGACGACGAUUCCAACGGGGAAUCUGCCAGGAAGCGCCAGAGGAAGAACCGGGGGGACAAGGCCUGGGAGUAUGAGCCGGAGCGGGAGAGGAGGGGCUCUGGAGACCAUAGGCGGAGUAAGGGCUUCCAAGAGGGAUGCAGAGGCUCUAACAGCUGCUACCGGGACUCUUCUGAUGAGGAGUCGCCCCCACCCAGCAUGAGUGACAUUGCCAGGCAGAUGAAGAAAAAAGAGAACCAGAAAAAGAGGAAAGCCUAUGAGCCCAAGCUCACUCACCAGGAACUGAUGGACUCGUCCACAUUCAAAAGAUUCUCCUCCAGUGUUGACAACAUCCUAGAGAAUCUGGAGGAUGUGGACUUUACGCAGAUGGACGACGAUGAGAUCCCACAGGAGCUGCUGCUGGGUAAACAGCAGUUGAACGAGCUGGGCAGCGAGUCGGCCAAGAUCAAGGCCAUGGGCAUCACCUGCAGGAUACCGUCGGAUAAGCUGGUGAAGGUACUGAACAUCCUGGAGAAAAACAUCCAGGAUGGGGCCAGGCUCUCGACGCUCAUGAGCCAUGACAACGACGAAGAUGAGGAGAAGCUGUGGCGAGACCUCAUUAUGGAGCGCGUGACCAAGUCGGCCGACGCCUGUCUGACGGCCCUCAACAUCAUGACGUCCGCCCACAUGCCCAAGGCAGUAUACAUGGAGGACGUGAUCGAGAGGGUUCUCCAGUACACCAAGUUCCACCUGCAGAACACCCUCUACCCCCAGUACGACCCUGUCUAUAGGGUGGACCCUCACGGAGGUGGCCUGCUGAGCUCCAAGGCGAAGCGGGCCAAGUGCUCCACCCACAAGCAGCGGGUCAUUGUCAUGCUGUACAACAAGGUGUGCGACAUGGUCAGCAACAUCUCUGAGCUGCUGGAGAUUCAGCUGCUCACCGACACCACCAUCCUCCAGAUCUCCUCAAUGGGCAUCACCCCUUUCUUUGUGGAGAGUGUCAGUGAGCUGCAGCUGUGUGCCAUCAAGCUGGUGACGGCGGUGUUCUCCCGCUAUGAGAAGCACAGGCAGCUGAUUCUGGAAGAGAUCUUCACAUCUCUGGCCAGACUGCCCACCAGCAAACGCAGUCUCCGCAACUUCAGGCUGAACAGCAGCGACAGGGACGGCGAGCCCAUGUACAUCCAAAUGGUUACAGCCCUGGUGCUACAGCUCAUUCAGUGCGUGGUACACCUCCCAAACGACCGCGACGGCAUGGAGGACGAGUACGACAGCAAGGUAGAUCAGGACUUGCUGAUCACCAACAACUAUGAGACUGCCAUGAGGACAGCUCAGAACUUCCUCUCGGUGUUCCUCAAAAAGUGUGGCAGUAAGCAGGGGAGCGAGGAGGACUACAGGCCUCUGUUUGAGAACUUUGUCCAGGACCUGCUCUCCACGGUCAACAAGCCAGAGUGGCCCGCUGCCGAGCUGCUGUUGAGCCUGUUAGGCAGACUGCUGGUGCACCAGUUCAGUAACAAGCAGACGGAGAUGACCCUGAGGGUUGCCUCCCUGGACUAUCUAGGCACGGUGGCCGCUCGCCUGCGCAAAGAUGCCGUCACCAGCAAGAUGGACCAGCGAUCCAUUGACCGCAUCCUGAAAGAGACCCAAGGUGACGACGAGACCCAGCAACUGCAGAAAGCCCUUCUGGACUACAUGGAGGAGAACACAGAGACAGACCCUUCACUAUUGUUUGCCAGGAAGUUCUACAUAGCGCAGUGGUUCCGCGACACCACCAUAGAGACCGAGAAGACCAUGAAGAGCCAGAAACGGGAUCGGGAAGAGGACUCGUCGGACGGCCCUGGCCACCACGCCAAGGACAUUGAGACCAUUGGGGAGGUCAUGCAGCGUGCCGAGGCACGCAAGAAGUUCCUCCGCAAGAUCAUAAAGACGGUCCCCUCCCAUUUCACCACCCUGAGAAUGAACUCUGACACGGUGGACUACGACGACUCCUGUCUCAUCGUCCGCUACUUAGCCUCCAUGAGGCCGUUCGCCCAGAGCUUUGAUAUUUACUUAACCCAGAUCUUGCGAGUCCUGGGGGAGAGUGCAAUCGCUGUCCGGACAAAAGCCAUGAAAUGUCUGUCUGAGGUGGUUUCUGUGGAUCCUAGCAUUCUUUCCAGGUUGGACAUGCAGCGCGGAGUGCAUGGCCGUCUGAUGGACAACUCCACCAGCGUGCGGGAGGCGGCCGUGGAGCUUCUGGGCCGCUUCGUUCUGAGCCGACCCCAGCUCACUGAGCAGUACUACGACAUGCUUAUCGAGAGGAUUCUGGACACGGGUAUCAGCGUGAGGAAGAGGGUGAUUAAGAUCCUGAGAGACAUCUGUCUGGAGCAGCCCACCUUCAACAAGAUUACAGAGAUGUGUGUGAGGAUGAUCCGUCGGGUCAACGACGAGGAGGGCAUUAAGAAACUAGUCAACGAAACAUUCCAGAAGCUGUGGUUCACCCCGACCCCGGCCCACGACAAAGACACUAUGACCAGGAAGAUCCUCAACAUAACUGACGUGGUCACGGCUUGCAAAGACACGGGCUACGAUUGGUUCGAGCAACUCCUUCAAAAUCUGUUGAAAGUGGAGGAAGACGCUGCCUACAAACCGGCCCAGAAGGCUUGUGUGCAGCUCGUGGACAAUCUUGUGGAGCACAUCCUCAAAUACGAGGAGUCUCUUACAGAAAGUAAAGGGGUGAACUCCACCCGCCUGGUGUCCUGCAUCACCACUCUCUUCCUGUUCAGCAAGAUCCGGGCUCAGCUCAUCGUCAAACACGCCAUGACCAUGCAACCCUACCUGACCACCAAGUGCAAUAACGCCAGCGACUUCAUGGUGAUCUGUAAUGUGGCCAAGAUCCUGGAGCUGGUGAUCCCUCUGUUGGAGCACCCCUCUGAGACCUUCCUCACCACCAUAGAGGAAGACCUGAUGAAACUCAUCAUCAAAUACGGCAUGACGGUUGUCCAACAUUGUGUCAGCUGCCUCGGAGCCGUGGUCAACAAGGUGACCCACAACUAUAAGUUUGUGUGGUCUUGCUUUAACAGAUACUACGGUGCUCUGACCAAGCUGAAGACGCAGCACCAGGAAGAUCCCAACAGUACAGCUCUGGCUGCCAACAAGCCGGCCCUCCUGCGCUCCCUCUUCACCGUGGGAGCCUUGUGUCGACACUUUGAGUUCGACAUGGAGGAGUUCAAGGGCAUCACCAAGGUGGUAAUCAAAGAGAAGGUGCUGGAGCUGCUGCUCUACUUUACCAAACAUGAGGACGAGGAGGUGAAGACCAAGGCUAUCAUCGGCUUAGGCUUCCUGGUGAUCAUGCACCCAAGCCAGAUGUUUUCCCCCGAGGUGAAGACCCUGUACAACGGAAUCCUGGCCGACAGGAGCACCUCGGUCAACUUGAAGAUCCAGGUGUUGAAGAACCUGCAGACCUAUCUGCAGGAGGAGGACUCGCGCAUGCAGGAGGCUGACCAGCAGUGGAAGAAGCUGUCCAAGCAGGAGGACCUGAAGGAGAUGGGGGAUAUCUCAUCGGGCAUGAGCAGUUCCAUCAUGCAGCUGUACCUCAAGCAGGUGCUGGAAGCCUUCUUCCACACCCAGUCCAGCGUGCGCCACUUUGCCCUCAACGUCAUCGCACUCACCCUCAACCAGGGCCUCAUCCACCCCGUGCAGUGUGUACCGUAUCUCAUCGCCAUGGGAACGGACCCCGAGCCCAGUAUGAGAAACAAAGCGGACCAGCAGUUGGUGGAGAUCGACAAGAAGUACACCGGAUUCAUUCACAUGAAGGCAGUGGCUGGGAUGAAGAUGUCCUACCAGGUGCAGCAGGCCAUCAUGGCGUCCCGCAAGAGCAUCAUCCGAGGCUUUCGGCAUGACGAGACCACCUCGGCCCUCUGCGCCCACCUCUUCUCCAUGGUCCGAGGGAACCGGCAGCACCGGCGAGCCUUCCUCAUCUCCCUGCUCAACCUGUUUGACGACAGCUCCAAGACUGAAGUGAACAUGCUGCUGUUCAUAGCUGACAACCUGGCCUGUUUCCCCUACCAGAGCCAGGAGGAGCCCCUCUUCAUUAUGCACCAUAUCGACAUCACACUGUCUGUGUCCGGCAGCAACCUGCUGCAGACCUUCAAAGAGUCUCUGUUGAAGGAGCCGCGGCGCCGCGAGCUCAAAGUUAGAAAGGAGCGCCAGUCAAAGAACGGCUCUGGCGGGGAGGAGGACGAGGACAAGGAGAUCUGUGACUCACCCAGGAGCGAUGAAAACUCAAACCCUGAUGAUGACGAUGAGGUGGUGCGGCGGCCUAAGAAGUCCAAGAGGCCGGUGGCUGUGGAGGAACCCAGCUCGGAGUCGGAUUUAGACCUGGAAGACCUGGACGUGGAAGAUGUGGACCGGGUGAUGCGGCGACUGCCUGAGAACGCCACGUCGCUCCUGGACUUUGCCAACGCCUCGCAGGGCAUCCUGCUGCUCCUCGUGCUCAAACAGCACCUCAAGAACCUUUACAGCUUCUCAGACAGCAAAAUCCAGAAGUACUCGCCGACUGAGUCAGCCAAAGUGUACGACAAGGCGGUGAACAGAAAGACAAACAUCCACUUCAAACCCCGACAGACCAUCGACUUCCUGUCCAACAACUGGGCCAACGUGGUGUUCACUCACGAUAUCAAGACGAGGAUAGUCAAGCAGUACCUGGAUUUCAAAACCCUGAUGGAACACUUGGACCCAGACGAGGAGGACGAGGAGGGCGAGGCGGCACAGGCCAGCGCCAACAUCCGGAACAAAGCCAUAAACGCACUGCUUGGAGGGGCCGGCCACGGGCAUCUUGCACCAGUAGAGUAUGAUGAGGAUGACGAGAGUGAAGAAGAUGAGAGAAACCCUGGGUCCUCUCGGCGGGCGAGACGUUCAGGGGACCCUGGGAACCUCAACGAGAGCUUGGACUCUAUGGACGUCAUCGCCAUCCAUUGCCCCAAGCACAAGGACCGUCCGCAGCUCGCCCGGGUCAUCCAGAAGAUCGGCACAGGCUACAGCGUGCACUGGAUGUCCGGCUCCUACUCUGGCCCCUGGGCCGACGCAAAGAAACGGGACGGACGCAAAACGGUGCCUUGGGUGGACACUAUUAAGGAGUCUGACAUCAUUUACAAAAAAAUCGCCUUGACCAGUAACCACAAACUGAGUAACAAAAUGGCGCAGACUUUACGGUCACUGUACGCUGCCAAGGAGGGGACUUCCAGUUAAUGAACCCUGCAUUGAACCAACACCCCCUAUUUGUACGAUCACAUCCACCCACCGCCAAACCAGAGGGAAAUGUUACUCAAACAUUGGAGGCUCCUUCGCUGUUGUGCAGCAGAACCUAGUUGUUUCAUUUCUACUCCCACUGUAUUAUAGGUUUAACACAGAAAACUACAAAUGUUUAUAUCUCAGAAAAAAAAAACAUCUGUAAAGAAAAAAAAAUAGAAUAAAAUCUUACGUGAAUGUUGGAAAUUAGUCCUUUUGAUGGUCUUAUUAAAGUGUUUUUUGAAUUUAAACUAGUACCCGGUGGCUUUCUUUAGCUUAGAUAUUCUCUGAGAUCUGAUUUUGUUUACUUUUAAUUGUCCAUGCUGUUAAAUGGCAGAGUCUUCUGGGUAUAAUUUAUUCUAUUUCAAGCCACGCAUGCAGUAUCUGUGGGCUACUUGCAGGAUGAUAUUUUGUAAAGGUAGAUUUUGUUGUAUAAGGUCACCCUAGUUGUAAGAGAACAAUGGGAUCCUAGUCCUUAUGGUGGAACAAAUACUGCAAUAAAUUUUCUACUUCUCUUUGUCA